UUUUUUUUUUCUUUCUUUUCGCGACCAAUGCCACUCAAACGGGAAGACCCGUUCAUGGUUGGCCUUCACGCAAUGGAGCUGCUCCGACAGCAGAUUGGGAUGGUGCGAUCGCGCCUCGAGCACAGCGUGAGCCAGGCCGAGACGACCGCGCUGCAGGCCCUCGAGCGCAAGCUGCAGGCGGACGUCGAGGAGGUGCAGCGGCAGAUGAAGGAGCUUCACACUCAGCAUCAGCAACGCCUCCAACAGCCCCAGCCACCACAACAACAGCAGCAGCAACAGCAGCAACAACAACAACAUCAACUGCAACAACUGCAGCAACUACAGCAACUGCAGCAACUGCAACAACAGCAGCAGCAACAGCAGCAGCAGCAGAGUGGGUUUGAGCAGGCGACGCUGACACUCGAGCAGACGCUAAAUGAACAGAUGCGCCAAGCCAACGCACUGCAGCAGGCACUCCAGUCGCGACCGGCAGUGUCGACGCAGCAGCAGCUGAUUGGCAGCGCAUCGAUGCAGGCACUCGAGCUGCAGUCGCAGCGGCUGUCGAUGAUCACCGAGGCCGGCAACGCAAAAGUCGCGGCAGAGCAGGCCGCCCAGCUCGCCGACGCCCAGCACCAGCAGCUCCAGCAGCUCAUGAGCAGGCCGGCCAUUGCGCCAGUGUCGACCAACAUCCCACCGCCAGUCAACGCGCGCGAGCAGGCAGACGUCAUCAUGCAGUCGCUGCGCAUGGACGACUUCCAGCAGAUCUGGGGCAACUCGGGCCAGCGACGUGCGGCGGCGGCGUCAAACCAUAACAGCCCCGGCGCAUCCCAGAGCAGCAGCAGCAGCAUCCUGCACGGCUUGCAAGGUGGCACGGGCUCACCUGCGAGUUCUAGCAAUCCGCUGCUCCAAGGCUGGUCAGCAGCAGCAGCAGCAGCAGCAACGGGUGGAGCAGGUGGUGGAGCGGCGGCAGCAGCUCCAAUCAAACCGCAGCAACAGCAGCAGCAACUACACCCAGCGCUCGCGGGCCUCGGUCGUGCAGGCGCGUCCUCAUCAUCCCUGUCCUCAGAGUUCAACCACGCAAGCCCGGGCAUGGCGGGUGGCGCAAAGUGCAGCCACUGCGGUCGAUUGACGUCGGGUGGCAAAUUCUGCUCUCAAGAGUGCUCUGAAUUCUACGACAUCAAGGAAGCGCUCAUCAUGGAUAGCGUAGACUUGGAGCUGGACGACAUGUUUGGGUCCAGUCUGCUGUCGAUGAACUCACUCGGCGACAUGCCAACAUCCGGUGCACACCCGUUUGCUUCAACACCGGGAUCGAGCGCUGCUGCUCCAGUAACAGCCUCCUCCUCUGCCGAAAGCAAGGCCAAACGGAAACAGCAAAAACCGCCUUCGAUGGCGGCCUCACCAGCAAGCGUGGGCACCCCGUUCAACGCCACAACUCCUGUUAACGAUGAUGUCUUUAGCAUGCCUGGGAACAGCGCGCCUCGUAAGGCAGGUCCGCUGACCAUCACCCCGCUUCGCGAUGGCCUUGACAACGAACGCGCAGCGUUCUUCGAAGCCCUGGUUGCAUAUUCUCGAACCACGUCGGAGCCACUGCAACGCAUCCCUACCAUGUGUGGGCGCGACGUCGAUCUGUACUUGCUGGCCAUGCUUGUUGUGGAGCGUGGCGGGUUACAGGCGGUCGGGGAACGUAAACUAUGGCGUGAUGUGGCGGCUGGGUUGGACGUCCUGUCGCAAACGGGCGUCGCCAGCACCUUGCGGACCCACUACAAGAAAUGCCUUGAGCGCUUUUGCGACCAUCUUGGGCCGGCUGGCUUGCAACCUUAUGUGAGCGCCAAGCAGCGGGUGCUGCCGAUGCAAUCCGCGCCUGCGACACCCGUCAAUGGCGCAUCGGCCUCUGGCGACGCCGCGAUGACGCCUCCUGCCGCUUCCGCGCGCCUUACUCCAUCGUCCGCUCGAUCGGCCUCGAUCAACUUUGACGGGCCCAGUCCGCGUGCCGGAUCGUUCACGGCGCCAAGUCCGCAUCCGGCUUCGACCAUGGCCAGCCCCGGUCCUGGCCAAAGCCCCAUGAUCUCGUCGCUCUCGGCCCCUUCUCCGGCGGGAUCGAUUGUCGCGUUCAAUUCAGUGUCCACGCCCGGCCCUGUCUCCACGCCUGGCCCUGCAGCCGAAGGGCACAUGCCCCCGCCUCGCGCUGCGCCCGUCCCUGUCAAAGGGUUGCCGCAACAACAGGCGACUCAUCAGCCAAGCCCUGCCGCUGCUACCGCUAGCAGCGCGAACAAUAGCGCUGCUACUGCUGCAGCUCUUGCCGCUUUGUUGGGUGCUCCAAACCAAGGGAAUGCCACGUCGUUAGAAGCGUUAAUUCGGUUUGCUCGAACCCAAUCCAAUCCGCAGCUCUUGCUGCAAGUGCGGCAGCUGGUGCUCCAGCAGCAGCAGCAGCAGCAACAACAACAACAACAACAACAACAGCAGCAGCAACAACAACAACAACAACAACAACAACCUCCGCAGCCCGCUGAACCAGCAUCCGCGUCCCAAAUCACGGCAGCUCAGCUACAACAGCUUUUGCAGCAACGUCAGGCUGCAUCAACUGCCACCCCAUCGUCGGCGCUCCAGCAAAUUCAGCAAUUGCAACAGCAGCAGUUGUUGAUUCAGCAGCAACAGCAGCAACAACAACAGCAACAACAACAACAGCAACAGCAGCAGCAACAACAGCAACACCAGCAACAACUACAGCAACACCAGCAACAGCUGCAACAAUUGCAACAACAGCAGCAACAACAGCAGCAACAACAGCAGCAGUUGCUCCAACUUUUGCAGCAGCGGCAAGCAUUGGCCCAAGCUCAAGCUCAAGCUCAAGCUCAAGCUCAAGCUCAAGCCCAAACAUCGCAACAGGCACAGGCGCUGAUAACACAGUCGCAGCAGCUCGCCCAGCUCCAACGAAUGCAGGCAGAAACCGACAAGCGCAUGACACCCGCUCAGCUUGUCGCAACUCUCCAGGGCAAGCAACCCAUGGUGCAGAGCCCAGUUGCCAGUCUAGUCAACACACCCCCUCCACCGUUGACUCAACUCGAGGCGUUGCCCAGUCCCCGAAGGCUCAACAUUAACGAUUUUAUCUCCCAAGCGUCGGCUGCUGCACUCGGGAACAAAUCCCUCACGCCGCCAAGCGUACCUGGCAUCGAGUUUUACCAACCAGACAUCACCAAGCACCGCCUGCAUCGCAAGCAAAUUCGAGAUCCGAUCGCUCCCCAAAAGCUCUUAAACUCGUUGAGCUCGGGCAUGCUUGCAGACUCGACUUGGGCUCUCAACGCGCUCACAGUCUGGCUAUUCACCGAUCAGGACACGUUUGCGCUCGCCGAAUUCCCUGGAUUGGUUGACAUUCUGGUCGACCACUGGCUCAAGAACAGGAUGGCACUUGGAGAAACCCUUGGAGGACACUUUGAUGGGAACGCCGGGACCAUUGCAGCACUUUCCGUGCACCUCGCGCACAUUCAAACGCCGCUGGAUUUGGCGGCGGGUGCGCCUCUGGACACCUCGUCAAGCGCCUACCUGGACUUUCGCCAGCAUCGUGCGCCAGGCAAGCGUCCGGCGGCCGCCAGUCUUGACACUGACCGCCCUUCCAAGCGAGUGUCGGGCCUGGAUUCGUUGGAUUUCGCGGAUACUAUUUCAUCCGAAGGCACGCAAUCCAUCCUUGGCGAUGAACUGACUGCCUUCUGUCCCGUCCCACCGUCUAUUUUGCUGCUGCACGAACGUUGCCAAAGCAUCUCCAACAUUGUCCGCGGCUUGACCUUCCUUUCGGCGGUUGAGCGAGUGGUCGUCGCAAGCAAUGCUCGUCUCAUGGGCUUGCUCGCUGAGCAGCUGCACAGCACCGACACGGCGUUGGCUAUGAACAGCAUUGUGUCUCUGGGCAAUUUGGCCGUGUCUGCCGACUUGUGCCAAUACGGCGCAGAAGUCACAGCGCGACUCAUCAGCGGUGUGGUGGCCAACCUUCGUGCCUCCAUUCCGCCUCAGGAUGGCGGCCAGGAUCCCCGGCCAUCCGACACCACUGACAUUUUGCUGUCAGUCCUGUUGCACUGCUCUGCCUCUGAUGCGAAUCUUGGCGUGCUGUCGGAACUCUCGCCGGCCCUCCUGACGAAUUUGUCCCAAUACCUCGUUGAGCAUGGCCUCCGCCUCGAGCCUGCCUUGGCCCACGUCACGUUGCUGAUUCUCUCCCAGCUGGCAACACACCGUGGUCGGCUCCGAACCUGCGUUGGCCAGGUCAACGGCUGCAUCCCCACGCUCAUCCGGCUGCUGCGGUCGCCUGCCACGCAACAAGCAGGCAUCAAACCAGAGGAGCAGCGGGCUCAAAUGGUGGCCAUCGUCACCCGCGCGAUUUCUCUGCUUGGCUUGCUGGCAGAGAGCGAGCCCAAGCACCUGUUCAUGCCGUUUGAAUCUACCCUGCUCCAACUCACCGCAGCGCCCUCCAACGACGAGAUCAAGCUGCUGAUGAGUCGUUUGAUGCAUGCCCUGUCCCGCUAAAAGGUCGAUGCUGUUUUUUUUUUUUUUUUUUUUUGUUUUCUGUUUCGAUUCCAUGUUGUGUUGUUAUUGAAGAUUGGUACAAGU